GGAGCGAGUCAGAAAGGUGCUGUCACUUAUGUGAAUGAGGCCUCAAACACACACAAGCUGGAAGAGUGAGACAGCAGCCAGACGAUGGAAAGAAAGGGAGCUUGUUGACAAGCAGGAGAACAGAGAGCUUUCCCAUGGCUUGGUGGAACCCUCUGACCCGGAUCAGGGACGCCCUGACAGGUCAAAGGGUACGAGAGAAUGACCUUCGCCGCUUGGUAUCCAAUCUGCCUUAUGAAGGGCUGGGGAAGAAGAAGCAACCCAACCGCCACUUUCCCGGGAACUCUAUCAAGACCACCAAAUACACCCUCCUCUUCUUUAUACCCCUCAACCUCUUUGAGCAGUUUCACCGUCUGGCAAACAUCUACUUUGUGGGCCUGGCUAUCCUCAACUUUGUGCCCGUGGUGAACGCCUUUGAGCCCGAGGUGGCUCUUAUCCCCAUCUGUGUCAUUCUGUCCCUCACCGCCCUUAAAGACGCCUGGGAGGACUUCAGGAGGUACCAGUCGGACAAGAAGCUCAAUAACAUGCCGUGCUUCAUCUACAGCAGAAAAGACAAGCAAUUUGUGGAGCGGCGUUGGAAGGAUGCGCGCGUGGGUGACUUUGUGAAGGCGCUUUGCAACGAAAUCGUCCCUGCAGACCUACUGCUUCUGCACACAUCAGACCGCAAUGGGAUGUGCCACAUAGAGACGUCCAACCUGGAUGGCGAGACCAACCUCAAAGAGAGAAAGGUGGUUCCCGGACUCUGCGUCACGGAGCCCGACUUUGAACCUGAAAGUUUCAACAGUGUUGUGGUAUGCGAAAAGCCCAACAGCAAUCUGAAUUACUUCAAGUGUUAUGUGGAGAAACCAAAUGAAGAAAAAGUCGGCGCUGGAAUUGAGAGUCUGCUGCUUCGAGGUUGCACUGUUAGAAAUACCGACCAUGCUGUCGGCUUUGUGGUGUAUGCAGGCCAUGAAACAAAGGCAAUGCUGAACAACAAUGGGCCAAGAUACAAACGCAGCAAACUGGAGCGGAAACUGAACGUGGACGUCAUCUUUUGCGUCAUUCUACUCUUCGCCAUGUGUCUCGUUGGAGCACUAGGUCACUUCUUUUGGCGGCAGGCACUACCUGGCGUGCCCCCUUACCUAGUGCCCAAUAGCAACGGCCAAGUGGACAAUCCCAGUCUGUCCAGCUUCUACAUGUUCUUCAGCAUGAUCAUCCUUCUGCAGGUUCUGAUCCCAAUCUCCCUCUACGUUUCCAUUGAGCUGGUGAAGAUUGGCCAGAUCUUCUUUAUUACGCAAGACAUCGACCUGUACGAUGAGGAGACAGACAGCCGAAUACAGUGUAAAGCUCUGAACAUUACGGAGGACCUAGGACAGAUUGAGUACAUCUUCUCCGACAAGACGGGUACGCUCACUGAGAACAAGAUGGUGUUUCGACGUUGCUCCAUCAUGGGAACGGAGUACCCGCACAAAGAGAACGCCAUCCGCUUGGCUGUUAUUGAUGAGCCAGAAUCCGAAGAGGAGGUCAUCUAUACCCAGCAGCCACAACCCCCACAGAACGGAUGGUCUCUGGAUGCUGAGGCCAGCAGCCCCGAAGGCACUCAUCGCCACCAUGAAAGCAGACAAAAGAACAAGUUUGCGGGAAACGCCCAGAGCAACGUGGCCUUCAGCAGUCCACUGGAAACGGAGGUGAUUCCAGACAGGAAGCUGCUCGGGCAGGUCAGCGUAGCAGAGAGUACGAUUAGCAGAGGCAGUCAGAAGAUGGAUCCAUACCUAGACUUUUUUCUGGCUCUUGCCAUUUGCAACACGGUGGUGGUUUCCAUGGCAACAGCUCGGAGACAGAGGACGCAUAAAUAUCCAUCUUCCUUCCAGUCAACUAAUCCACUGGAUAAUUUCUCCAACCUCUUGACGAAAGCAAGCUCUCUUCGCAACGUAUUUGCACCCAAAAGGGACCGAUCCUUCUCAGAUGCCUCUUUUAAAGAGGACGACCGCUUUAACCCCUUUCCGAAAGAGGAUGGCUCGGACGUUUUUUCAUCACGUGGUCAGACGGUUGAAUCCAACAGCCGAAAUUAUGAGGCCGAAAGUCCAGACGAGCGGCUUUGGUGUAUGCCGCCAAAGCGUACGGUUUCAUUCUGCUUAGCCGCACCCCCGACAGCGUGACAGUGAGACUGCCGUCGGGUCAAGUCCUGGUCUUUGAGGUGCUGGACACGC